UCCUUGUACACACAGAUAGAGGAACUGGCCGUUUUGCGGCUGGUCUUUUUUGUCAACACUCCACAUCCUCUCCAGCUUCGUUUCAUGACUUUCAAAUCAUGUUCAGUUAGAGAAAACAAGCGGCAACUUUGCAGAGCUUGAGAAGAAUCGAACUCACUUGUAAGCUGCAGCGAUGGCGUCUUGGGCCCAGCAGGGCGAGAUGACGGAGUACAAGAAGAUAGUGAUCAAGCGGGACAUGGAGCUGGGCGUGGUCAUGACCGUGUUUCGGCAGAAGGCUGAGCGGCUCACUGUGCAGGUCAUCAUGGAGACCCGGCAGGUGGCGUGGACACGUACAGCAGACAAGACUGAUGGUGUCUUGGACCUGUUUGAGAUCAGAGAGGUCCGUCCAGGGAAGAACUCCAAGGAUUUUGAACGCUUUAAAGAUGGGAAGGACAAACACGAUGAAAAUACGUGCUUCACAAUCUUCUACGGCUCACAGUUUGUUCUCAGCACCCUCAGUCUGGGAGCUGAUUCUGUUGAGGAGGCACAGAAAUGGCUGAUUGGACUAGAAAUGCUGAGGCAAGAGACACUGGAAGCUCCGACUCCAGUUCUUAUAGAGAGCUGGCUCAGGAAGCAGAUGUAUUCUGUCAAUCAGACCAAAACAAACAGCAUCUCCAUGAAAGAGCUGAAGGCUCUUCUAGCUUUGCUCAACUACAAGGCCCCCAAUACUCGUGCUCUCAAAGACAAAUUUCAGGAAGUGGGAGCAAAGAAAGACCGCCUGGACUUCGAGCAGUUUCAUAAGUUGUACAACCUUAUAAUGUUUGAACAGAAUGAGAUCCUUGAGGAGUUCAAAAAGGAAUCAUGUGCUUUUAUCCUGGGUAACACAGAUAAGCCAGAUGCUUCUGCAGUUCUGCUCCACGACUUCCAACGAUUCCUCAUCUACCAGCAAAAGGAAUCCUGGGCCAGUGACCUGAACCAAGUGAGAGAACUGAUGACCACCUUCAUCGAUGACACCAUGAGAAAAACCAAUGACCCCGAGUUCACUGUCAGCGAGUUCCUCAGUUUCCUCUUCUCCAAGGAGAACUCUAUAUGGGACGAGAAGUUUUCAAAAAUCAACAACCUGGACAUGAACAACCCUCUGUCCCAUUACUGGGUCAGCUCCUCACACAACACCUACCUGACAGGUGAUCAGAUCCGCAGUGAGUCGUCCACAGAGGCCUACGUGCGCUGUCUGCGUCUGGGAUGCCGCUGUGUUGAAUUGGACUGCUGGGAAGGACCCGGGGAGCCAAUCAUCUACCAUGGCUGGACCAGGACGACCAAGAUCAAGUUUGAGGAUGUGGUCAAAGCCAUCAAUGAUCACGCUUUUGUCACAUCAGAGUUCCCAGUGAUCCUGUCCAUUGAGGAGCAUUGCUCUGUGGAGCAGCAGCGUCAGAUGGCUCGCAUCUUCAAAGACGUGUUUGGAGAUAAACUGCUGAUUGAACCUGUGGAGCAGAUGGCUGAGCAGCUUCCUUCACCUUCACAGCUGAAGGGCAAGAUCAUACUCAAGCACAAGAAGCUCAGUGUGGAGGGAGGAGGAGUCACUAAAGACUUCAGGAAGGGGCAGAAACAGGGAGAUCUGGAGAUCUGGGACCCUGUGGACCAGCGGUGGAAUAGGCACUACUGUGUGAUCUCUGAUGACAAGCUGUACUAUGCAGAGGAGUACGAGGAGGAGGAAGAAGAUCCCAGGAAGUACCAGGACUUGCACCUCUCAGAGCCGUGGUUUCAUGGUGACAUGGAGAAUGGCCGGGCGAUGGCCGAGCGACUGAUCGCUGACUACUGUGCAGAGAACGGGGAAAGAGAUGGCACCUUUCUGGUUCGAUUAAGCGAAACCUACAUCACAGUCAGCCUCUCCUUCUGGCGCAGUGGGAGGGUCCAGCACUGUCGUAUUCGCUCUGGUUCAGAGGGGGGACAAACUUACUACUACCUGACACCGAACCUGCACUUUCCCAGCGUGUACAGCCUGAUCUAUCACUACAGAGAAAACCCACUGCGCUGCCAAGACUUCGAACUGCGCCUCACUGAUGCCGUGCCACGGCCCAACCCACAUCUAAACGAGGGGUGGUUCUACAGUAACUUGAGCAGAGGUCAGGCAGAAGAUUACCUGCUGAGGAUUCCUAGGGAUGGAGCUUUCCUCAUCCGACAGAGAGAAGAUUCCGACUCCUUUGCCAUCACAUUCAGAGGUGACGGUAAGGUGAAACAUUGUCGGAUCCAGAAGGAGGGCGGCAUGUACCUGCUGGGCAGCACAACAGAGUUUGAGAGCCUUGUGGAGCUGGUCAACUACUUCAGGAAGAAGCCACUGUAUCGCAAGAUCAAGCUACGUUACCCAGUCACCCCCAAGCUGGUAGACCAGUUCAGCAAAGAGAAAGACUGUGCCUCUCUGUAUGAUGUGAAGACAUACGUGGAACCCAACGAGAUUCAGCCCUCACUGCCCCAAAAUACAGUUAGGGCUGCAUAUAGCUACCAGGCCAAAAAAACAGAUGAGCUCAGCUUCAGUAAAGGAGCUUUGAUACACAAUGUAUCAAAGGAGAGUGAUGGAUGGUGGAAAGGUGACUAUGGAGGAAAGUUACAGCAUUUCUUCCCAUCCAACUAUGUAGAGGAAGUGUCCAACAAUGUCACACUUGAGACCAAAGGACAGGAUGAGGAAGAGAACCCAUUGGGUGAACUAUGUAAGGGUGUUGUGGACAUCUCCAAGUGCACCAUCCAAAACUCGAGAGAGACUAGUAAGAGUGGUAAAAAUGGGAAGCCCCACGUGUUCACCAUUCAGGACAUGGAGCAAGAGAGUCUGCAGUUUGACCUGGCAGCUAGCUCUGUGGUGGAGCUGUUCCAAUGGUACCAAGUGGCCUGGGACAUUACUCAGAGAGAGAUGAGCAAGCAGUAUAACAGGGAACGAGAGAUGAAACAACAGGAGGAAGUGGAGAAGAAGGCAGAGGUUGCCAUGGAGAUGUCGGACCUAGUGGUCUACUGUCAGCCACGCAGCAAGGAGAAGGACCGCUUCGAGAGUUACAGCUACAAAGAGAUUCGCUCUUUUGUGGAAAACAAGAUACCAGGAAAGAGCCGCACCAAGGAAUUCCUGCAGUACAACCGCAAGGCUCUGAGUCGCAUCUACCCAAAAGGCCAGCGCGUCGAAUCCUCAAACUACGACCCUUACCCACUGUGGGCUGCUGGUAGUCACAUGGUGGCUCUCAACUACCAGACUGCAGAUAAAUUUACCCAGCUGAACAGCGCCCUCUUCAGUCUGAAUGGACAGACGGGUUAUGUGCUGCAGCCAGAGUUCAUGCGCUAUGAUAGCUACGACCCUUACCAAGAGAAGAAGACGGUCACCCUCAAAAUUGCGGUUAGGGUGAUUGCUGCCAGACACCUUCCUAAACCCGGGCGCAGCAUCGCCAGUCCAUUCGUAGAGGUUGAGCUGUGUGGGCACACAGAACAGAAGUCCAAGACCAUCGUCUACCGUGAUAAUGGCCUGAACCCUGUGUGGAAAUCUCCAGCAGACUCUGAAGUGUUCAUCGUGUACGAGCCUGAGCUCACCUUCCUGCGCUUUGUGGUCAAUGAGGAAGACAUGUUCUCAGACCCCAACUUCCUGGCUCAGGCCACAUUUCCUGUUAAAGGCAUCCGCUCAGGUUACCGAUCUGUACCUCUAAAGAACGGCUACAGUGAAGAUUUAGGGUUAGCCUCCCUGCUGGUCUACAUUGAUGUGCAACAAGCAGGGAAAGCAGAGGAGGAGCUUUACUCGUCCUCCAGCCAGCUAAAGAAAAAGCAGGCGGAGGUCAACAGUGAACCUUUCCUGUACGACACACACACCAACAUUCAGCGCCCGGCCGCCCCGCGCCAACACAACAACCUCAGGAGAGAGGGCAGCAACGGCGAGAGGUCAAAAGAAAAGAAGAUAAACAACAGUAAGUUUUACUCGUGAAGACUCAGCAGAACUUACCGGUCCAUGUCCUUCCUGCCUGAGCGGUGGAGAAAUGCAGACUAUGAAUCGAACAUCACUUCUAUCUGCUUACUCAAGGAUUUAUGAUUUGUGCAGUUACUGUUUCUAGUUGCGACAUGUGAAAAGUUUUCAUUUCCAUAUUGUUUUCUAUUUAUUUAAGGUAAGCCCUCUUUGAAAUGUAGGAACCAUGAAGUAGAACUGGAGGCAGGUUAUUAAGGGACGGGGAUGAUGGGUCCCCACAGAUGUUCAGUGUAGUGCUUAAAAACUUUGCAUUUAGUCUGUAAUCAAACUGCAUCACGUCAGAGGUGGACAACACUGAUACUUAAAUGAUAUUUAUUUUCAAUUGCAGAUGAGUAUGAGUGAAAUAAUGGUUUGUAGUACAGACUGUUCUUCUGUCAGGGAGCUUGUGUUGCAUUAAUCUUUUUUUGUGUGUUUAAUUUCAAAUGUUGAUGAGUGCGAAACAGCUGAUAUGGAGGGGGCAAACAGUCUGCCCUGUGAGUCGUAUAACAUGGAAAAGCUGUUCACCAGUGUACCAUUAUUUUCUCUGUGUUGUGUCUUUGAAUGUGAAGCCAGAUUAGUAAAAACAGGUGAUGCAAUAACAUUUCAUGUAUUUAAUUUGAAGCUGGAUGAUGUUUAUAGCUUUUCCUAUAAUUCCUCUGUGAGCUUCUUAUGUAAUGAGUCAAUAAAGAAUGCUUGGUGAACUAU